AUGGUCUUAUGAUGUGGUCGACGAAGUUUGGACUAAAGUUGGGAAUACGAGCAAACGAUUGUCUGUUCCUGGACAAGGAGUUUACGUUACGGAUGACGGUCAAUCAUAUCACUUUCUUAUUUCAUGUUGCUCUUACAGUCUUUGAUGUAAUGACUAGAAAAUGGUUUACUCCCACAAUACUUUUGAAAGGAAGAGGGUCCGCUUUCGUUAAUGGUGCGGUCACUAGAAUUAAUAGAAACGUUUUAGUUUUCAGUGGAAGUUGGUGGUUUCUAGGAUACAAUUAUAACAUCAUGUGGGAACUUUCUAUAACUUCUGCUCGUGUCUGGUAUUGGUUAGCAAAGCCAGCCGCUGCAAACACAAGGAUUUCUUUAACGGCUACGGAAAUAUCAUGGACGGUGAGCGGGAUGGUUCUAGAAGAGAAACAUGUUCUAGUCUUUGGUAUGAGCUCAUUUUUAGACAACAAGCAGCCAACUUCAUUAAACCUAUUACACAUAUUAGAUAUAAAAUCGUUGUCGUGGUCGGUAGAUACUUCGGAAAAGCGACCUCCUUGCAAAUUUGGUGCCGUUUCUUCUGUACUUUACGACUCCAUAUUUGUUGUUUACGGUGGAGUAGUGCCAGCUCAAUUGCAAAAUUUAAAAAAAUUUAUUUCUCUCUCAUGAAAUUUGGGGUUGUUAUAGUGAAGUUAGAAGUUGGGUCAACUACUCGAUGAAAACAAGACGUCCUUCUCCAAGAGUAUUGUGCUCUUCUUCUACAACCAGCAAUCAGACUAUGAUUAUAUACGGAGGUUUGACAGCUAACACAGAAAACAUAUUUAACGGCAACAUUAUAACAUUUCUCCGCGAUCUAUGGAGCUUUACUUUGCCUCAGCGGAAUAUUGCUACAAGCAACUUAUCAAACGACGAAAACAAUUCGGAGUGGCGUUUACUCGACGAUUCUGGUCCCUCACAAUCUUUUGCAACGUCUUUAGUUGCCAUUGAAAAUACACUAAUUCUUUAUGGAGGAGCCAAGGAUAAUGAAAGCACGAUGCAAUUUUCUCUUCAGUAUGAGUCAGAAAUUUCAUUCAUAAUUUUUGGCAACUGCUCGAGCAAGGUUUGGGAAUACGAUCUGGCGAACGACAAGGCGAUCGCAUCGCCUUGGAGUUCGAGAGAGAGAUCGAAGUGAUGAGAACGAUCAAACAUCCCAACAUUGUUUUGUUUCUCGGUGGAGGUCGUUGCCAUGACGACGGCUGUCCGUUUCUAGUUGUGGAGUACAUGCCUAGAGAAUCGCUGACGACCAUACUUGCAGACAGAGACAUAAAGCUGGAAGGAAGUCUCAAGAUGAGAUUUGCAGUAGAUGCUGCCAAAGGAAUGAGAUUCUUGCACAGUCAACGACCACCUCGCAUUCAUCGUGACCUCAAGAGUGCCAAUUUGCUCGUCAGCACUAAAUGGGUGGUCAAAGUGGCCGAUUUUGGAGCCGCUCGACUCGUUCGAGACGAAGGAAUCAGUCAAGAAGCUGUAAGAGGAGCGGCACCGCUCGAUAUGACCGCUCCGCUUCUUCAUGCAGACUAUCACUUAUCGUCAGGAGUCGGGACACCAAAGUGGAGCGCUCCGGAGAUACUGAGCGGUCACAGUUACGGAACACCCGCGGACGUCUACAGGUAAGACACGAGCACGACUAACUACACAAACACAUGCAAUCGUUAAUAUUUCUAUUGUUUCUAAUAAUGAUGAUUGUUGCGCGUCUUUGCAUUGCUUUGGUAGUUUUGGCAUUGUGAUGUGGGAGAUUAGGGAACGAAAACUUCCUUAUGACGACCGUUCGUUUAGCUCUAUUCUUGACUUGAAAGCUGCUGUUUUGGGUGAAAUGAGACCGACCGUGUCGGAUAACGAUGACGACGACUACGUCAAGCUAAUGUGUGACUGUUGGGCAGAAAGCUCACUAGUAAGGCCUACGUUUUGUCAAGUCGUCGCUAGUCUGGAAGAUAUGAGCGAAUUGUGUUUUCUCUAACUCCAUAUAAAAUCAGUUUGUGUUCUAGGACUUAGGAACUCGCGUGAUGUAAACUUGAGCGGUUAAAGUAGAUAAAUGAUUUGUGAUCGU